AUGGAAGACGCUGAAAAAACAGAAGUGGCCAAGCCGCCGGAGGAGCCGACAUCGUCGACAGAGAAACCAAAGCUAGACAUCGAUGGUAUGAUCACGGAUUUGUGCGAAUUGUUGCGCGAUCCGAAUGCUCAAAUGAAGAAGAAGGUCGUCAAUAUCAUGACGCUACCGCAAAUUCUUUCGAUCGGCGACAUGAAUCAGGAGCGUUGUCAGCGAAUCUUCGAGAGUUUAUCGCCCGACGUUCUCGACGCGAUAAUUUCGAACAAAAAUGAGGAAUUAUCGUGCGGCAUUGUCGCCAACAUCCUCUCGUUUUGCGUUCAAGCGACGAGUCCCGACGUCUACGCAAAAUUCAAGAAGCUCGUGCCGGGCCUCGUUGCGCUUCUACCGAAACAGAAGAUUUUUCUCAGUUCGACACUCAACGACAUCGCCAUAAUCGUAACCUAUAUGCCUUUUGAAAAAUCGGAAAUCUCAAUAAUCUUCGAAACUCUUCGCCAGCUAACCACCUACUAUGUGAAACAAUCGAAUAAUCUCGAAGUCUCGUCAUUCCUAUCAGUCAUUCGCCUAGUGUUCUCCAAACUCUUCUCAUUGAUCUCAACCGGUGAUAAUGAAUCGAUCAUCGAUUCGCGCGGCUGGACCGUCGGCAUCCUCUCGAUCGUUCGCGGAUUGCUCAAAGAGCGACCGGAGAAGCUCAGCGAGAAAGUGCGCGUCGGGAUGUGGGACGUGAUCGGCUCGGUGGCUCGUCUCAUCGGACCGUCGUGGUUCGCGUUGGAUCAGUCGUUCGGCAAACUCGUCGCUCAAUUGAACAUCGUCGAGAUUCAAAUGAUUCUCACCAAUCCGACGGAGGUCGACGCCAUUGCCCUUUCAAGGCAUUUGCGCAUUUUGGAGAUGUUCAUUUGUGCUGUUCACGACGACGAGACAUUCGCAAAAUCCACAUAUAUUAACGAUGUGCUAAUUGCGAUCGGAUCCGGUAUCAAAUAUGUGCUGAAAUUCUGGGCGGACGCCGCCGACGCCAACAUCGAGCUCGAUUUUCAAGUCAAAAUCAAUUUGUUCACGUUUGCCGUGUUCCUUCUGGCGCGCAACGAGUUUGAGAUCAUCGACAAGGACGUUCAGAAGAAGAUUGGUCCGUUGAUGGUCGAGCAGGGAAUCGCGGUGAUCGAUGAGACGACGGAAAUCCAAUUGCACACGGAAGUGAGUCGAAUGUAUUUCGAGUUCAUCGAGAGCAUGUCGGAGAUGUUGACGCUCGGCGAGUGUGUGCCGAUACUCGUCGCGAAAUUCAUCGCCAAACUCAACGCGAGCACCGAAUACAAUCGUUGGCAGCUAUCGGUCAUCGAGGUGACGGUGAGCAUUUCAAAUUUUCGCGGACGCGUUGACUGGUAUAGUCAGAAGACGCUCGACGAGGCGCGUCGAAUUUUGCGCGCGCUCGGCGAGCCCCAACAAAACGAUCUCGACGAGAUGUACAAGAUAUUCGCGAAUUUGCCGCGCGUCCGCUGA